AUGCCACUUUUUAAUGUAAAUUUAAAAAAAUAUUUUUAUAAAGUAGCAAUAUAUAUUCCGCGUAUUAUUGUUUAUAGUUUGUUAUCAUGGUCUCUCUGGGUUUAUGUAUGGAUUGUUUGUAUUCAAACAGUUUCAAAUUUCCUUAGUAUUAUUUUAAUUUUUUUCGUUACUAUUGGUUUUGGUUUUUGUUGUUGGUGUUAUACCGCUACUUCUUUUACGUUUCCUGGUUCUCCUCAAAAUAAUAAUGGAUAUAUUCAUAUUGCGCCAUAUAACUAUUUUGCUUUUAUUUCGGUAAAACAAAAUGGAUCUCCUCGUUUUUGUAAUAAAUGUGAAGCAUUAAAGCCCGAUCGUACACAUCAUUGUUCUAUUUGUAAUCGCUGUGUUCUUAAAAUGGAUCAUCAUUGUCCAUGGUUUUCUAAUUGUAUAGGAUUUGCUAACUAUAAACAAUUUUUUUUGUUUCUUAUUUAUAUUUCAAUAUAUUCAUUUUAUCUUUUUAUAUCAUCUUUAAUUAUUCUUUAUAAAUUUGUGAUAAAUUUUGACGGAACUUCGAAAAAGAUAUCAGUUAAUUGGAUCCUUUUACUUGUUAUUUCAGGUGUUUUUACUAUUACUUUAGGAGGGUUUACAAUUUGGCAUUUUUUUCUAGUUUUCCGUAACCUUACUACCAUUGAAGCUCUUAAGCAAACUCAUUACAUUACUAAUCUUUUGAAUUAUAAUCAUACUUCUGAAUCAAAAACAGAUAUUCGAAAUGCCUUUGAUCUUGGGUGGAAGAAAAAUUGGAACCAAGUUAUGGGUUCUAAUAAAAUAUUGUGGUUUCUUCCAAUUGCUAAUCAUCUUGGAACGGGCGAAUCUUAUCCAAUUAAUCAUGAUGUAGCAAGAAAAUUAUAUGAGUACCAACAGAAAACAGAUAGAGAUAUUUGA